ACGUGGGACGCACGCGCGUCGUACAGUGCGCGCUCGCGUCUCAAAGACAGCACGAGUCUCUCCCCGUGCCUCUGUCUCAGCGACUGUCUCUCCCCGUGUCUCAUUGUGGUAUCUCCCCGUGUCUCUGUUGUCUCUGCUCGUGUCUCUCUCCCCGUGUCUGUGUCUCCCCGUGUCUCCGUCUCUCCCCGUGUCUCAUUGUGGUAUCUCCCCGUGUCUCUGCCUCUCUCUCCCCGUGUCUGUGUCUCCCCGUGUCUCUGUGGUAUCUCCCUGUGUCUCUGUCGUCUCUCCCCGUGUCUCUCUCCGUGUCUCCCCGUGUCUCAUUGUGAUAUCUCCCCGUCUCUCUCUCUGUCUCUCCCCGUGUCUCUCUCUGUCUCUCCCCGUGUCUCUCCCCGUGUCUCUCUCUGUCUCUCCCCGUGUCUCUCCCCGUGUCUCUCUCUGUCUCUCCCCGUGUCUCUCUCUGUCUCUCCCCGAGGGGUUCCUCCGCCCCGAGCCGUGCCGUGCCGUGCCGGCUGCACUCCCCCGGGGCGCCAUGCGCCUCCUCGCCGGCUGCAGCUGGCGGCGUCCUCAGCCCCGGCAGCUCGUUCGGUGCAUUGCAGAGGCGACGGCGGAGGAAUCCACCAAACAGUUCCAGUCCUUCAGGAAGCACCCGGGCAUCGGCCACGUGCAGAGCGUGAAGAUCCCCGAGCCCCUGCGGCAAGGGGUGCAGGUGGUGCUGGCGAAGUUCCAGAUCCCACAUCUGCAAGAGCGGAUGAAGGAGCUUUGCAGCUAUCUGUGGAGUCGCACGCUGCCAAUCGAAAUGCAACCCCUUCAGAGGAGAGCAUCGCAGAUCCAUCGCGACGUCGUCAAAGGCUAUGGGUUUGAGGAAACCGGCGAUCGUUUGGAAAAGCAGAAACAAGAUGAAAUGGUGGAAAGCCUGGUACUGCAGAAACUGCGUAAGGUGACCUAUCACUGGAAGAUGCUCAGGUACGACGAGGCCAUGAGCCUGACCUUCAUGGCGGCGCGCAUGGGCGGGUGCCACGCGGCCACUGUGCGUGCGCUCACCGAGAUCAAGAAACGUGUUCCCGACUUUCGCCCCACGUCCCUCCUGGAUUUCGGCUCGGGCACAGGCAGCUCAGUGUGGGCUGCUCACGAGACCUGGUCAGGAUCCAUUGGGGAUCACUACUGCGUGGACGUGUCGCCCGCCAUGAACAAGCUCGCCGACGUGCUGCUCCGGGGAGGACAAGAAAAUGCGACGUCAGUUAUUGAGAGGGUCUACUUUCGCCAAUUCCUACCUCCAUCAAAGGUACGAUACGACGUUGUUGUGGCAGCGUUUUCGCUGAGUGAGCUGGGAAGCGCCACCGAUCGUCUCAGCGCCGUGCUGUCUCUGUGGCAGAGAACAAACUCUUUUCUGGUACUGAUUGAGAAUGGAACUCUUAGUGGAUAUACCAUUCUGAUGCAGGCAAGGGAUGCACUUCUGCAGGAAACUGAUGAGCAGAAUAAAGAAAAUCAAGGGCAUGUCUUUGCACCUUGUCCGCAUGGUCUGCAGUGCCCACUGACGCUGGCGAGAAAGCUCAUUCCGUGCAACUUCACUCAGAACUACCAGCCGUUUGACUUUGAAUCCAAACUACUUCCUUCCAGAACGGAGAAGUUCUCGUACCUGAUUUUCCGCCGCGGUGAGGAAAACGCUGAGCAGGUUUGGCCGAGGAUCUUGCAGCCGGUGCAGUGCAGGACGCGCCACGUGCACUGCCACAUGUGCUGCUCCAACGGAGCCAUCGAGCACGUCGUGUUUACACGCCAGAGGCACGGCAGAGAUCUGUACCGGAGCAUUCGUCACUGCAAGGUGGGAGACAGGGUGCCUACAGACCAGCUGGACUUUAAGGAGAAUUCCAACCAUGAAUCAUCUGAUGAAUCAUCUGAUGAGUCACAAUGAUUUAAACUGUGAACUUUAUUGAGUCUUAUUGUCCUGUGAACAUUUUGGAUUAUGUGAAGUCCACUGCAUAAUUCAAGGCCUCUGGAAAGGGAAUUACUGUACAUAUGUUCAACAAAUAAUUAUGAAAUGAGAUUAACUUUUAAAAAUGUUGUUUUUUGAGAAAAACAUACGAACCAGAAUACAUGUUUUGCAAAUAAAUGUACGUCUGGACUGAAAA